ACAGACACGUUCAAUUGAUUAUCCGGGGAGUGUCAUUGGUGUUGAUGACUCGUAUACAUUCGACAAGUUCAAAGACCAAUUUCGGGUGGAUAUUAUAAAAAAGGACGGUAAUGACUUGGAAUUCGAUCUGGUGGGUGUGGAUGCGUCAGUUGCAAAUGCCUUCCGGCGAAUGAUGCUGGUCAAUGUGAAGACCAUGGCCAUAGAGAACGUCUACAUUGAAGGCAACACGAGCAUUACACAGGAUGAGAUACUCGCCCACCGACUGGGACUGAUCCCCAUCAAUGUGAACCCGUACUUAGAACACCCCAUCGAUGGCACAGACGACAUCUUUGCAUGGAAGCCGUUAUUAGAGGAUGAAGACCGUAUGGAUUGCAACACAGUGGUCUUCACCUUGCGCGUCAAGAACGAACAAGUCAAAUCCGAAAAGAGGCUCCGCGGAGAAUCCACCGAAACAGAACCGUACUCAGCAAAGAAGACGUUGGAUGUCAUGUCGGGCGAUCUGGAAUGGGAACCACAAGGCUGGCAAGAGACAGGGUUCUUGGAAAACCCUAUAGCACCUCUCAUGGACGAUAUAAUUAUAACUAAACUCAGGCCCGGACAGGUAUGA